GUGAAGAUGGCGGAUUCCGUCGCGUCCGGACUCGGAGACGAGAAAGAGACCGAGAACGACGACAAGGAGAGACAGAAAUGGGGUUCUCGGGGUGCCGAGGAGCUCACGGAGACUCUGGGGUUUUACGAGAGGAGGGCGAAAGGGACGGAAAGCAAGCGCGGUGCGUGCGAUCUCUCUCUGCUGCGCUUCGUCGGCGCCGAGUUGACGCGCGGAUACUUCCUGGAACACGACGAGGCCAAGUACACCGAGAGGAGGGAGCGGGUCUACACCUGCCUGCGCAUCCCUAAAGAGCUGGAGAAGCUGAUGCUGUUCGGCUUCUUCCUGUGUCUGGACGCGUUCCUGUACGUGUUCACGCUGUUACCUCUCCGGGUUCUGCUCGCGCUCGUCAGGCUCCUCACGCUGCCCUGCUGCGGCCUCAGCGGCUCCCGUCUGCUCCAGCCGGCUCAGGUGUGUGAUGUGCUGAAGGGCUUCAUCAUGGUGCUGUGUUACUCCAUGAUGCACUACGUGGAUUACUCCAUGAUGUACCACCUGAUCCGGGGCCAGUCGGUCAUCAAGCUCUACAUCAUCUACAACAUGCUGGAGGUAGCCGACCGGCUCUUCUCGUCCUUCGGGCAGGACAUCCUGGACGCCCUGUACUGGACGGCCACCGAGCCCAGAGAGAGGAAGAGGGCGCACAUCGGGGUGAUCCCUCACUUCUUCAUGGCCGUGCUCUACGUCUUUCUUCACGCCAUCCUGAUCAUGGUCCAGGCCACCACCCUGAACGUGGCCUUCAACUCCCACAACAAAUCUCUGCUCACCAUCAUGAUGUCCAACAACUUCGUGGAGAUCAAAGGGAGCGUGUUCAAGAAGUUCGAGAAGAACAACCUCUUUCAGAUGUCCAACAGCGAUAUUAAAGAGCGCUUCACGAAUUACGUCCUCCUGCUGAUCGUCUGUCUCAGGAACAUGGAGCAGUUCUCCUGGAACCCAGACCACCUGUGGGUGCUGCUCCCCGACGUGUGCAUGGUGGUGGCGUCCGAGAUGGCGGUGGACGUGGUGAAACACGCCUUCAUCACCAAAUUCAACGACAUCCCAGCCGACGUGUACGGUGAAUACAGAGCAAGCCUGGCCUUCGAUCUGGUCAGCAGCAGACAGAAAAACGCUUACACCGACUACAGCGACAGUGUGUCCAGAAGAAUGGGCUUCAUCCCGCUUCCACUCGCCCUACUGCUGAUCCGGGUGGUCACUAACUCGGUGAAGGUCCAGGGUUCUCUGUCCGUCGUGUGUCUGAUCCUCUUUUAUCUCGGCAUGAUCACGCUGAAGGUGCUGAACAGCAUCGUGCUGUUGGGGAAGUCGUGCGUCUACGUGAAGGGCGCCCACAUGGAGGAGAAGCUGUUCCGGUCUCCGCCCUCCGCCGCGCCCACCCGGGCCUCCAGCAGGGCUCACCGUACCAAGAGCAGCGCGCCGGAGCCGGCAGGCGAGCCAGCGGAGGACCAGGGCGCACCCCCGACCGUCGUCGACCAGCCGCCCGACCGGACGGAACGCCCCGACCCCUCGCUCCCGACCAGCCAGUCGGAUCGGUUCCUCGCCACGCCCGACGACGACGACGAAUCGGACGACAAGAGCCUCGCCCAGGACGGGACGGAAAUGACCCACAGGGGGGCGAAGAAAGACCUGCUGGACAUCGACCGCUUCACCAUCUGCGGGAACAGGAUCGACUGAGGCGCUGCGCUCGUACAGACGGACUCGAAGGAGCCGGAUAUUUAUUAAGAAGUGCUUUUAAUUUAUUGAAACUUUGCAGCCGGAACAGGACGCGAGCUCUCCGUUAGGGUCAGUACUUCGGCGAAGACGUAUCCCGAUAGGACCAGGUCCAUAAGACUAGACGAUUUACGUCGCUUAGGCUAAAUCCCGCACUUAAAAUCAUGUUUUAUUUUCUAGUUGUGGCUUUUUUGAACACUAGUGUCGCCCACGAAACACAAGGUAGCUCGGUAUAUCAUGUUCUCUUAGCUAGUAAAAAUUGCUUGACGCUAUUUUACGCCGAUUACAAUCUAAUCUCGGACUGUAGACGGGCGACGACAGAUUCGCUUACCACGUCGACACGUUUAGAUCAGAUUUUCGGUCAUCGGGUGCUCAUCUAGCCCGAACAAUCGACGUUUGAGCCCGGGAAAGCCUUAAAACGUCGGUAAAUCGCCGUUCCGUCCGCUCGUUUAGCGCAAAGCUAAAUUAAUUCCCGACGAACGAUCGCGAUCGCGAUAAAAUUGGCUAAUUAGUGUCAGUUGUGUCGAUUUAUAGGUCGGAAAUAUACGUUACGGGAAUAUAAUCGAGACAUUCCAGCUCAGCUACUGAAUAAACACACGUUUAUUUAUUGUAUUGUAUUAUAGUUUGAUUUCUUUAUUUUAGCUUCAUGUUAUAUGGCCUAAAGUAUGUGGACACCUUUCCUAUGAAGUUCUUUUCACAUGUAAAUAAAUUCUCACUGAUUUUUAAUUUGUAUAAA